CGCAAUCAAUCAUCCUUUUCCUUCCAUCCUCCUCAUCCCCUAGCCUACUACCCUGUCUGCGAUGCUGCAUGCCCAUCACUCAGCUCUGCACUUAUCUUCCCUUGCUCCACUAACAUCCCCUGUCCGAAAUCGUCCCUCUCCUAUAUUUCCUUUCCAUUCUCCCCUUGUCUUCAUCUCUCUCCGGCAAUCGCCACUAGCGGCCGUUUUCCGGCCAUGGCUCGCAGAGCUUCCCGAGUUUUUUCCACCAUCUCCAAUCGGAGAAACUGAAGGACCCGUCGAAAUUCUUUCUUCUUCCUCCUCAUCCCUCUUUGCAAUCAAUGACAGUCUGACCCCCUUGCAAACUGCAACCAGUGUUCUUCUAACCGGCGCCAUAACAGUCUUUCUCUUCCGCUCGCUUCGUAGAAGAGCUAAGCGGGCGAAGGAGCUGAGAGUGCGCUCCACGGGGACGACGAAUGUGAAGGGAAUAACGGAAGAAGCUUUUGAAAGCUUGAAAACAAUUGGAGUUGGUCCCGGUGAAGCUAAGAGCCCGCCUUCCCCUAUUCAGGCUUUGCUUGGAGGGAUUACAGCUGGGGUAAUCGCUGUUAUCCUGUACAAGUUCACGACCAUCGUAGAGGCCUCUCUUAAUCGACAGACUAUCUCGGAUAACUUUUCCGUUCGCCAGUUGACAAUCACAAUCAGGACCAUUGUGAAUGGGUUGUGCUAUCUUGCAACUUUUGUGUUUGGUAUCAACUCAAUUGGGUUGAUUCUCUACUCUAUCCAGCUUGCUUUUAGUUCUGUCAUGGAAGGGACAAGCAACAACUCAUCUUCUAUUAACAUUGAAGGUGAAAAUACAGAUUUUAUGGAUCCUUCCAAGACUUCAACAGAUGAAGCUGAUUCAAAAGACAAGGGAAUGUCUGAGAGUUCAGAUGAAGCUUAGUUUUUCAGGAUGCUGUCACUGCAAUCAGUGAAUCAAAUGAACCACGAAAGCCUACUAAAUUCAUUAACUUCAAAACAUCUUUUCUAUCUUCAUAAAUUCAUCUGGGCCAAAAUAGGAAAAAGGGAGAAAAAGGGCUUCUAAAGCAAAUUUCUCAGCAUUAUGAAUACCAAACUUUGACAAUACUGGAAGAUUGAACCAUAUAAAUUUUUUUUUAUAUAUAUAUUUUUAUGAAGCUUGGGUGCUUUAAAAGGAGUUCUUCAUUCAUUCAUGGUUGUUCCGCCAGUGGAAUACGUCAGGUAUAGAAAUUAUUAAUAUUAUUUUUUUGGCCAUAUGCUUCAGCCUUUACCCAUAUUUAUGUUUUUCUAGACUAGAAUAUUUUGCAAUAUUUACUUUUAUUUUUUUAGAAUGUUGAUCGAAAAUCUUGCUAGCAUCGGAUGUAGAACUUUCACCUACUGAAGGAGGGUGAAAUCCCCGUUUACUAGAGCAAUCAUGCGGCUAUUCAUAGCUAAAAGUUGAGCACCUAUUCAUCUACUAGGAAUAUGAUUGGUUGUCCUUUUGCUUUGUGCCUAUUUUAUUGUAAAAAAAAUUGUAGGUUGUCAAUUUAGAUUAAUGGAUCAACAUUCACAAUUUGAUUCUACUUUACUAAACUCAAAUUUGUUCUGACACAUUGCAUUAGCAUCAAUCUGAAUCGAACUGAACACAAUUAAUCGAUUCGAACACAACUAAAUAAGUAUAGUUUAUUAUGAGUUUUUAAUAAAAAAAACAAACAAGUUAAGUUAUAAUUUUUGGGUUAAUACAUGACUUCAAAUUGAUUAAAAUUUCUGUGUCAGCUCAGCUGACUUAAGUUUAACCAAUGUUUUUACUUAUUGACUUGAUCCCAAAUUUUGUUAUCUCGUUCGAGUCAAAUUUUAUGGUUGGUCUAUUAUUGAUACCCCCACUUUUUUGUACAUCAGCACCCCAUUAUCAAAAACUCUGAUUUUGCUUGCAGUCUUAUUGCUCAUUUUCUUGGAAAUUCUACGCUGACAUGCACUUUUUUCUUUUCUAUUUUG